UGUAGAAAAAGCUUUGAGGGAGAACAGCCUUCGGUACUUUCAACGCCGGUCCAAGUUGGAGCAGGGCAUUCUCGCACACCUGCGCUCUCUAUCUACUCUUCGUCUGCGGCACUACCAGGAUGAACAAUCCGAAACUAUACAUCGCACGUCAUGGAGAACGCCUCGAUUUUGUGGACCCCAAGUGGUACGAGAGCGCAGAGAAGCCACAUGACCCUCCUCUCACUCAUACGGGAAAAGAACAAGCCAAAGAACUGGGGAUAAAACUGUCAGAGUGCAACAUUACCCAUAUCUUUACCUCGCCCUUCUCCCGCUGCGUGAACACAGCAAGCAAUGCUGCUGCUUCAAUAUCACCACAUACGCGCAUUUACAUCGAGCCAGGUAUGUGCGAGUGGCUCAGUGCGGAUUGGUAUCAGGAGAGUGAACGCGGACCUGUUUGGAGAAGUGUGCAAAGCCUUGCUGCAGAGUUUUCAAACAUUGAUGCAGACUACGAGCCCGUAUAUCCAAUGUCACACAAUUUUGACGGCUUUCCUGAAUCUACGAAAGAAUUAGCCAGCAGAUGCACGAAGACUUAUCGCUCAUUACUCGAACGCUUUCAGACCACUGGGAAUAUUCUUUUGGUUGGACACGGCUCUAGCGUUUAUUCGUUGAUUGAAGUUCUCGUUCCCGGUGCUCCUCGCAAGUCAGUCCCCUAUUGCUGUCUGACGGAGUGUAUCCCGACUGAGGAGAAAUUUAAAUACUCUCUUGGCAUGCAUUGUGAUGUCAGCUUCCAGACAGGCUCACAGGACAUAAGCAAGACGAGAUACAUUUGAGACUUGAAAGAGAUUCCUUGUCCUUUUUCCGCAGAAGAUGAUGUUUGAAAGAGUCUCAUGCUUGGGUGUGCGAAGGAGUACAAACAACGACCGGGUAAAGGAAAACGGAGUCAUCCGCUUGCACCAGAGACGAUAUUUCUGGCCCGUCGAGCUAUUACCAACCCUAAAGAAGUGCCCACAAGGCAAUGAAUGACAGGAUAACAUCUAUACAAUUUGUUUUAUACACACAGCUCAGCAGUUUGACUGUUGAGUUUGAAAUACAUUGGAGCUUAGAUGUGAAGAAAACAGUGCAAAAAGUUGGUAAUGAUGUUUGAAUGGAUUUGCAAAUGCCGCAGAUAGGAUGGCACAAAGUACUUUGCUUUAGCCCUCAGGCACCUCUUAAUGGAUUGCAGUCUCGUGACAUUUGCUUUUCGUUUGUGCCCUCCUUCCCUUGUGAAUAUACGUAGAUAUUUGUCACAACUUCAUGAAUACACAUGCCUACUGAUCUUUUUUUACAAAUCGUACCUCCACUGCCCCAUAAAGGAAGCCCACGCGUGUCG